UAACAAAAAAACAAAAGCACCUAUAUAUUCAUCCAUUCCCUCUCCUACCCACCAUUCUCCUUUUGUUCUCUUACGUUUUAAACUUUAUCACAAAACAAAACUCCCAUAACCCAAAAUCUCAAUUUCCAAAUUUUUGUAUAAAAAAAGUUGAUAUAAAAAUGGGAAAUAGUUUUGGAACCAAAAGCAAAACUACAAAAAUCAUGAAAGUAAAUGGCGAUGUGGUAAGAUUCAAAACUCCGGUUAAUGCUGGAGAUGUGAUCAAAGAAUACCCGGGUCUUGUAUUAUUGGAUUCGGAAAUGGUGAAGCAUUAUGGCGCCCGAACCAAGCCGUUGGAGCCGCAAGAAGCGCUCAAGGCUAAGCGGGUUUACUUCUUGGUUGAGAUGCCUAAGCUAGAUGAAGAUAAGGUGCCAACAAGGAGGGUCCGGUCGGGUAUUAACAUGAGUGCGAAGGAACGGCUUGAGAGCUUGAAGUUGGCUCGUAGGUCGGCGUCGGAUUUGACGUUUAUGAAAUCUUCGGGGAUUAUGGUGGAGAACGGCGGUGGUGGUGGUGGUGUUGAUCCGUUGAGGGUGAAGUUGAGGUUGCCGAAGGCGGAGGUGGAGCGGUUGAUGAAGGAGAGUAAAGAUGAGGCGGAGGCCGCGGAGAAGAUUAUGAAGCUUUGUAUGGAGCAGAGUGGCGGCGGUGUUGGUGGCGCUGGCGAUGUAACAACGAAUAAGGGCCGUAGGAAAAGAGUGGGAUUUAGCGAGGAAUUGACUGUGCUAGAACACAAAUGGACGUAAAAAGGUUAGCCAGCAAACGACAGAUCAACAAAGAAGAGCGUUUUUGCCUCUCUAUCCUCAUGUAUAUUAUUCAUAUUAUUUUUUUUAGUACAAGUUAGUAUUUUAGUCGUUAUAUUUGUAAUUUCAUUCUAACAUAUAUUCGUAGAAGUGAUUUUAUCUAUUUUUCUUUAUUAUAAGGAUGUGUUAGUGUAAUAUAAUACCAUGGAUUAUUAUGUUAUACAUACAAUACAAUCUUAUAAUAAAGAUAAAAUAAGUAUGAGACAGAAAGGUAUACGAAGAGAACUACUCACUUGAAUACAUACAAUUGUUAGUUGAGAAUGAAAUUAUAAAUAUAACGUUCUUUUUGUUUUUCUUUUUAAA